AUGACUGCGAAUGGGUAUGUGGUGAGCGUCGCCAAGAGCGUAGAAGCAAACACGGUGCAGGGGCUGCAAGCGCAGCAGCGCGUGCUGGCGCUAGCGCAGAGCCGCGGCGUCGGAAUAGUCCAGAUGAACGGUCAGCGCAUCUACGGCCCGCCCCGCUGCUGGGACGGCCCGCCGCCCCCGCGCGGCUGCGAGGUCUUCGUCGGGCGGCUACCGCGCGAUGCGUACGAGGACGAGCUGGUGCCCUUCUUCGAACGCGUCGGCACAAUUUACGUGCUGCGGCUUAUGAUGGACUUCAGCGGCACGAACCGUGGCUUCGCCUUCGUGCAGUACACCACUCCGGAGGCGGCCGCGCUCGCAGUACGCCAACUCGACGGCUGUCACCUGCGGCCGGGCCACGAGAUCGGCGUCGUCCCAUCCGUGGACAACUGCCGCCUCUUCAUAGGCGGCAUCGCCCAGGACAAGAGCAAGGCCGAGGUCCACGAGCAAUUGGCGCGCAUCGUGGAGGGCGUGGAACGGGUGAUAAUGUACCCAGACGAGGACGGCAAGGCGCUCAACCGGGGGUACGCGUUUGUCGAGUUCCGGACGCACAGGUACGCCGCCAUGGCCCGCCGCCGGCUCGUGCAGCUGUGGGGACACAGCAUGGCCAUCGACUGGGCCGAACUGGAGCCGCAGUGCGACGAAGAGGUCAUGAAACAGGUGAAAAUUCUUUAUGUGCGAGGUCUGUCAGCAGCGACAACGGAAUAUGAUAUACGGGCAAUGUUUGAAAGUGUGGCGGAAGAAGGAUGUAUAUCAAGGGUUAAAAAGGUUAAAAAUUUUGCCUUUGUCCAUUUUAAAGAUAGAGAGAAUGCUGAAAAAGCAUUGAAGCAUUGGAAUGAGAAGAAGGUACAUGGAUCUGACUUGGAAGUGACUUGGGCAAAACCUGCAGACAAGUUACAAAAAAUUCCAACAGUGAGGCGUAAGCAUACAGAAUCUGCCAAGCAGAUGUCAAGGGAUUGGUCAAACCUAAGCAAUCUGGUGACUUCCUCAUGCAAAGAUUCAGUGGGAUGUAGACCACAGUCUAUGCUACUUCCCAGUUGUGCCCCUUCUUACGAGCCGGUGAAUUCUGUGUCUGCAAACUAUCCACUGUCACAUGUAAGUUACCACAAUGUGUCCUGUUCUCCAUUACCUUUGAAGAAAGAUGCUUCACACCCACUGUACUCUCAGUUCUUCAGCUACUCACAAAGAGAUGUUGUAGGAAAUGGAGCACCUUUAUCAGUCAUUGCUGCUCAGCCUUCUGAUGUGACGACUUUUACACCUGGAGCCAUCAUAUCACAUACACCACUGCCAUCACCAUCUAAUUAUUAUUAUGCAUGGUUUUCUCAGAGUGAACAACGCCAGGAUAAACAAUAUCACAACACCCUUCUAGGGUAUGAACUGAACAACAACAUUUACAUGCCCUCAUAUCAGUACUUCUGAAUGUUAAUUCAGAAUACAUUGAUGCUGGACUGAAGAAAACUGAGAUAAAAAACUGGC